UUUAAUAUUUAAUCACAAGCCAUCAGUAAGAAAACAAUGGCUGGAGUGAUAGUUUUACUUUUUCUUGGGUUUCUAGGCCAUUCUCUCUAUGCCGGAGUAGUUUAUCAGACCGGGGAUAAUGGAUAUGGUGAUCCUAAUACCAACAGUAUUAGACCUGUUGGGCUGAAGGGUUAUCUAACAAUAGAUUGUGUUGAUUCUGUAAAUGGACGUCAAGUUCUUAUACUCUCCCUUUUACAAGGACUAAACAGGCCCUACUGGUAUCCAACCUUUGAUAACAAGGUUCAGCUGUAUCUCCCGGAGAGUUUAAGGAGUGCUGAUCAGCCAACCAGUAUUCCAAAUACAGCUAUAGUUCUGCCAGAUAUACAGAUAGAAAAUAGUAUCAUCUACAGGGAACAGCUAAUUCAUAUUACAAGAAAAGCUGAUUGCCUGAAAGUGGGACGGGAAGAGAUGGUUUCUUCGUCUGAUCCAAAAUUUCAGACUUCUGUUUCUGCCAUCGUAUCGUUAACCCGUGGAUUUAAAACUUAUGUUCAAGUUCUCAGUUUUCUGGUUGUUAUCAGGGACCAAUGCAAUCAGCUUGUGUUUGCCGCGGCAGUUCAACAAAUUAUUCAGAGUAGAACAGAUUUACCAACCUAUCUUCCUGAUCUUGCUAGCUUAUAUCCACAGGAAUUUUUCCCAGUUGGUUACCUAGGAGGAGAGGGUAAUAAGCAUUCCUGUGCCUGCUUACCUGAACACAAGAAUGGAAACUGUGUAGAUAUUUUCAAGGGUCGUCAGUGGUGCUACAGUAGUGCAGGAUGCCAUGAUGCAACAAAAAGUAAAUCCAUUGAUGCUUACUGGUCUUAUGAUGCUUGCACCGAACCGAAACAGGUUGGUAAGUAUGUGGAGAUUACCUGGAAUAAACCUCCAUUCAAAACUCUUCCUGAUUCUGAUCCUGAGAGUUUACUUGGCUAUUGGAGAGAGGAUCCCACUUUGAACUCUCAUUUUGGAUCCUGGUUCCAGAGAGUGAAUGCUCCUGCAACUUUACAGCCUGUGUUUGGGUUUUAUAGCAUGCUGGAUUUCCCCCAGGAUUCUAUGGAUGGGUCGAGUAAGAUUGACAGAAGUGGAGAAAUUGAGUACGCUCAUCACAAGAACUUAAUCGGAAGAUAUUCUCUAGAAAGGAUUUCCAAUGGUUUGCCUCGGAUUGAAGUAUAUGGCCCCUUGGAGUGGAGUUUCCCAGUCCCUAUUGGAUACAACUCAAAGCUGAAAAGUGUUUUGAGUUAUGGUAUAUCUGGACUCGGAUACCUAGCUAGGCCUGACAACUCUAUAUUCAGACAAGAUUGGAUGGCGGAGAUCAUGGAACGAUCAGCUUUAACCAUGAUGGCGUCGGUCAAAGAUAAACAACUUUACGAUCAUCUUGGUGGAGUUGUUCCUCUUAGGGCCGAAGGGGGUCGAGACUUAGGAAUCAAUGACUUCAUGAAUUCCUUUAUGAGCUCUUAUACUGAUAGUGUAAAUCAGAUGUACUAUGGAGAUACGAUGCACCAAUCUUACAUAUUCCUAGGUUUGAUGAGAAGUGUGUUCGAAGGAAAUAAUAUUACGCAGUUUAAUCUUGAAGGAGGGAUUAAUGCUCUUUAUAGUCCCAAUACUUGUCUCAGGGAUCCUCUUUUCUACAGGUUUAACAAGUUUAUUUUGAAUGCGUUUUCCCACUAUAAAGCGAGCCUGCCUUUGUAUACUGAUGCUGAGCUUGAGUUUCCUGGAGUUGAGAUUCAUGAGCUUACUUUCCAGUCUACAGGGGCUCAUUCAGCAAACCAGCUCAUCACGUUCAUGGAGAAAUCUGAGAUAGGAUUAACAGGUUUGGAUUUUGAUGAUAUAGGUGAACCAGCUGGAAAGGAUCUGUACAAAAAUCCAGUUGGUUCUAUUGUAAGAUACGAAAGGUUAAAUCAUCUUCCAUGGGACUACAAGGUCAAGAUACAUUCAGAGGAAGAAACUGCAGGAUUUUUCAGAUUGUUCCUGAUUCCUGAUGCUGAGUUUGUAACUAACUAUAUCGACGAUGUUGUAGAGAUAGAUAAAUGGCCUAUUCUACUUCAAAAGGGAACCAAGGUUUAUACAAGGAAUCCCUCCACGACACCCUUCACCAGGGAACCAAUGGUUUGCAAGGACUGGCCCUGCAGCUAUCAGGAGAAUCUUGUAUCCGGAUUUGGAUAUAAUAAAACUGAGGAUAUCUUCCAUGUGAACUGCGGUAUCCCUCAGAACUUGAUGUUACCCCGAGGCUCUAAGGCUGGUUCCAGGUUCCGUAUGUUUGGAAUAGUCAGCCAAUUUCUUGAAAAUGAUGAGGCUCUGCUAGCUGAUUGGUCUGAGUUAAGCAAGUAUGCCUGGGGAAGCUGUGGAACCAACCCUGGUGUUCCUUAUCCUGAUUCGAGACCUAUGGGCUUCCCAUUCGAUAGAGUUCCAGUUUGUUCUAAGAUGGACAGCUACUCUCAUUCUGACGAUGAAUGUUACGGACAUGAUGCUCGAGCUUACAGCAAUGGUCGAUCCAACAUUAUUCUUCAAAAUAUUGUUAUCAAACAUGUUAACAGUUCCACCCACACCCCCACCAUCCACACCCACACUAGUCCUUACAUGGCAAAGAAGGAGGGGGAGAAGGAGGGUUUAACCUUUUGAAUUAAUUGAUUAAAAUUUUUAUGUGAUAUCUAUGUAUUUUUAUUUUUCUCCAAAUAUACAUCUAAUCUUUAAAA